GUCUCAAAACAACGGUUUAUCUGCCACACCCGUUCAUGCCGGAUAAACCACGGACUACUGUAAUGAUGUACUUUUUUCAUAGACGUUAAUGAUAACAUUCAAUAUAUUCUUGUUGGAUCAACGGUAUCAACGUUAACAUUUACAUUAACAAUAUAACGAUGUUAUGAUUAACGAAGCCCACCACUGAUCAUUGGCACCUUCCUUAUAGACACAAGUUUCUUUUUUCUGUCAAAGAAAGUACAUGAAAUAUUUCAGAUGAUAAACUGAUGAUCCCCGUCAGCUUAACGCCAGUAUUUUCCACUCUGUUGUGCUAUAAGGAAGUAGCAUUGUAAAAGUCACAGGAAUUUUUAACUGUGAAACUUUACACGGGAAUUUUCGGGAAUAUUCAGGAAUUUUCAUUAACAUUGAGAAUUAAAGAAAGUUUGCCUGUUACCAGUGUGUGGCUGUGUGCUGCCUCCAGUGUGUUCCUGCUGUAGUGCCUCCCUCACUCUGCCUCUCUGUUUCAGGGUGACAACCCUGAUGGACAGCCUGUUACCAGCGUGUGGCUAUGUGCUGCCUCCAGUGUGUUCCUGCUGUAGUGCCUCCCUCACUCUGUCUCUCUUUUUCAGGGUGACAACCCCGAGGAGUGUCCAGUGUGCCUGACAGGCUUUGAUGACUUAGUACAGAGGCCACGCACUCUGCCCUGUGGCCACACAGUCUGCACGCUGUGCACAGAUAAGCUGAAGGAGCAGGGCCGUGUUACCUGUCCGGAAUGCCGCGUCAGCCAUGCCGUGCCCGAGGGUGGGCAGUUCCCUGUCUGCUAUAUAGUUGAGGCCUUCAUAAGAAGGAUGAGAGAUGGUAAGGCGGCACCAGCAGCAGCCUCGCCGCCACCCAGUGCCGGGAAGGGGAAAGGGGCAGCAGGAUCAGCUGGCAAGAAGGGAGCAGCGGGUCUCUCCAAGAAAAUGCGUUCCUUUCUGCAGGAACAGGAGGCCACAGUUGUGGCCGCCAUCACCGCCUGCCAGGAGGCUCUGUCCCAUCUGGACCAGUAUGAGGCCACCCUGACAGGCUGGGGCGAGCAGCAGCAGCAGCUGGAGGACAGACUCCAGGGACUGGUGGACCAGAGCAGGAGUUCCAGGGAGCUCCUGCAGCAGGAAACGUUCCGUGUGACGGCCAAGAAGAAGGAGACAAAGAAGAGGGAGCAGGAGCUGCAGGCUGUACGGGAGAAGUUGCGCACUCCUGCAACACAGCAAGAGGCAUGCAUGGCACUGAACGAAGUGUUUAAUUGCACCAGUGAGGCGGAGCAGGUGUUGGAGGAGUGCCAGCAGUGUUUCCCUGACGCCGGCAUCCUCACCACCGCCAGGAAGGUGAGAGAGGCAUCUUGUGCAGCCCUGGAGGCCGCCCAGGCUGUCCAGGCGGCUCGGGAAACUGUUUCUACAGAAGAGCUUAGGCCCCAGUCAGUCCCAGAAGAACCCAGGCCCCAGUCAGACCCAGAAGAACCCAGGCCCCAGUCAGACCCAGAAGAACCCAGGCCCCAGUCAGACCCAGAAGAACCCAGGCCCCAGUCAGUCCCAGAAGAACCCAGGCCCCAGUCAGUCCCAGAAGAACCCAGGCCCCAGUCAGACCCAGAAGAACCCAGGCCCCACUCAGUUCCAAAAGAACCAAGUUCCCAGUCAGACCCAGACGAACCAAGUUCCCAGUCAGACCCAGACCUCACCAUCAUGGGGAAAGUGCAGUUCAUCUUAGAGCCAAGCUUGAAGAGCGAGGACUUCCGCAGUCUGACACAGAGCACCAGGAGCCUGCUGCAGGCUGGCCGGGUGUUUGCUGUGCACCAGGUGGAAGGUCAGCGCCGACGACACGCAAGAAUAAGCCUCGAAGCCGGCCGGCCGUGCCUCCAUGCCCUGACGGACCAUCCCCUGACACUGGGCGCGUCAACCCUGCAGGUCAGCCAGGUCGUGCCGCCCUCCCCCCCCUGCACGGUGUUCCUGGACCUGUCCUGGCCGGGCCGUGCGCCGCGCCGGGUCCACAUCCGUCUGAGCCCCGACACCCAGCGGGGCCGCCAGUUCCUGGUGCUGUGCACGGGGCUGCGCGGCCCCUCCUACCGCGGCACCAGGUUGUUCAAUGUGGGGUACAAGGGGUGGCCGGGAGAGAGGGUGUGGGGCGGGGACUACGAGAGUAAUGAUGGUGAGGGGGAAUGUGUGCUGCUGCCUGGCCUUGAGAAGGGUGGGGAGGUGAGGUCAUGGCGGGCAGGGGCUGUGUGGGGGAUGGGGAGUCAGGGUGUGUUUGCCAUCACCACCAGGGACGGUCAGUAUGAUGUGUGGCGUUGUUGUGUCUUCGGUGAGGUGGUGGAGGGACUGCACGUGGUGGCCGAGGCAGCCCAACACAUCGACAAUAAGGAGGUGACUGUGGUGGACUGUGGCGUGAUGUUGUGAGGGUAUACUGGCCUGCACCACCACCACCACCACCACCACAACAUUAUGGAGGUGACUGUGGUGGACUGUGGCGUGGUGCUGUAAGGGUAUCCUGGCCUGCACCACCACCACCACCACAACAACAUUAUGGAGGUGACUGUGGUGGACUGUGGCGUGGUGUUGUGAGGGUAUACUGGCUUGCACCAUAACCACCACCACAACAACAUUAUGGAGGUGACUGUGGUGGACCGUGG